AUGGAUCAAUCGUCGCCCACCACUCGCCCGCGGACGACCUCUCGCGCUUUCAGUCACAAGUCCGAUCACAGUCGCAGCAGCAAGCAUGAGGUGUUGGCCGACAACCCUGCCGAGAAGCAACGCCGCGAUAGCUUCUGGAAGGGCGGGUCCAAGGCGAACCCAAAUGCUGCUAUCAAUGAGGCCCAGCCUGGAGACAUCGCUGUUGGCAUUCCCGUGACCCCGGCUGACCCCAAUCAAGAUCGCGCCAUGAUGGAGGCAUCGACCCUCGAGUCGCUCCGCCAGGUCCAACAUAAAGACAGUAAUGGUAAUGUAAUCACCGAGCCCGAUCUCUCGAACCCCACUCGCCCUCGCUGGGAAAGACCUCUGGAUACCAUUAGAUCAUUUGAAAGAGCUAUUGAUGGUGGUUACAAGCGUCGUUCCAUGAGCAGAUCUGACCACGAUUCGCAGUAUGGUAGCGGUCACUAUGGAUCGCGUCGCCAGGAUGCUUAUUCUGACGUCAGUAUUCCUGGAGGACCUCCCAGCCGCAACCAAUACGCAAAGCGUAUGAACUCGAGCCGUUCCAACAGCGCAUACGGAUUCUAUCCUCAGCACAGCUACAACGACUCGUACGACGCAGGUGCCCAGCACAGCGACAGCACUGGACCUUGGGGAAACUCGACAGACCCUAGCAGCGAGAACAGCUCUCUGGACCGUGCAAACGGCGUACCUAAGCAGUCCGACCCAUAUGGUUACGAUAUCUACAAUGGACCCCCGAUUAUGGAGGAGUAUGCUAGCGAUUCAGAUGGCGGUUACGGAAUGUCGCAUGGCCACAGAAACGGAGCCCCGGGUGGAAACCCAGCGGCUCCCGCACAGUCACAGGCACCGCCUGUUCGCGCUCCCAUCAAGCUCAGUGGCGCCGACGGUGCCUUUGCUUCCCAGGGCGGAAGUCUGCCGCCUACCACAAGACCUGUUGCAUCGAAAGAGGAGAAGAAGAAGGGUUUCUUCAAGAAGCGAUUCAGCAAAGGUUAA